CUAAAAUCGGGUCGAUUUCUCUCGGCCCAUUUCCCUCGAAGCUCGCGAUAUUCGUUGUUUUGCAACAUGGCUAGUUCAAUGUUGAGAGGUAGCAAAGUACUGUGGUGGAUGACUCCGCCCCUAGCGGGUGUGGCAUACCAUAUGACGACACUCAAGGCAGCAGACAACCCUCAGAGGAAACUUGAUCCAAAAGAUCUUGAGAUUUAUGAUAAGCCAGUGAAGGAAUCAAUGAAACCUGAUGAGGAUAUUCAGCCAACUGCAUUGGAGGAACAGAUUUCAAAAGGCAGAAAAUUUGUUUGGAAACACUCUGAUAAAGUGAAGAAUGUGACAGAUUCCUCAACCGAAGGCGCCAAAACAUUUUGGGACAAGACAAAAGAAUUUGCAACAAACAUCCAAACUGACAGAACAUUGCAGCUGAAAACUGGAGCAAUCACAGUCGCUUCUGUGACUGGUAUUUUGAUGGUUGGUAGAGGAAGACGACCUCUGCGGAGGGUAUUUUUUGCCGGUACCCUGGGCGCCGCAACAGCGGCAGUUUGUUACCCGGCGAAAGCAUCCUCCGUGAUAAAAUCUGGAUACAACAGAUUUACGUCUAUCAUGACUGACUCCAAGUCAGAUUCGACACGAGCGAAGGUCAAGUUUGAUGAUAAUGUCGACCAGUUUCGUAGCGGAGAAACUUUGAUGUUGGAAGAAGCCUUUAUUCUUGGUGAAAUGGUCUAUGAAGAGCUGCAAAAAAAGAUCCAUGGUGAUGAGAUUCACUUACCCGAUGUCAUGGCGAUUUGUCACGAAGUUGUACGAGAAGUUUUCCUCGGGAUUAGCGAGGAUUUUGAGAUUCAAACGGGAGGUUACGUCGGCGCAGAUCGGCCACGCACGGAACCGACAGGUACCGAACCCCAUGCGGGCUCUGACGUGGUGCUCUAUGCGAAAGACGUGACCCGACGCGUGGUUCAAGAAGUCCUGGAUUCCAUCAACGAGGAUAUUGAAAUUCAAACCGGGGGGGUGGUUACCGGUGCUCCAACAAUCGCCCUUGAUUCGACAAUUUUAGCGAAGGAAAUUUCGAUCGUGGUUUCAAAUGUUUUGAAACGAGAUAUCGCUUCGGAAGAGGCCGACCAACAGGAUUACCUUUUCUCAAGUCCCACGCGAUUGUCAGCCGUUGUCUGCGAGGAAUACACGAAAUGCGUGGACGCGGCUAUUCGAGCGCAAGUUCCAACGGGAAAAUGUCAUGUGAUCAUUAAUUCAGCGUCCCUCGCCGCAAAAACUGCGGCUGAAAUUAAGGUGGCUAUUGAUGGUUUGAAGAACAGUCGGUCUGUCGUCGUGAGCUCGAGCCGUCCCGUGAAUACAUCGGACUCGGGGAAGGUUGUUGAUGAAGUGGCGUCCAGUCUCUUAGCUCACAUAGAGCAAGAUAUUAGCAAGUCUCGCGGGAAGGACUACGCCUUCUCUGAGGCCAGCAACAUCGUACGAAAGGCUUCUCAAGAGGCCACAAAAGCGAUUGCUUCCGACGUCCAAAGUUCGGGUGCGCCAGUACAAGGUCGGAGAACAAGAGUCGUGCUUGAUUUAGCGAAGAAACUUGGGGAAGAGAUGAUAGAAGCUAUUAAUGAAGAUAUUGAGAUUCAGACAGGGUCAGGCUUACGACGGCCGUCCGAUGGCAAGCCGAAGCCUCCUCGUGAACCUCCGGUGAUAGUGAGUAAGGAGGAUGCUUCAACAUUAGAUGGUAUCAUGUACAGUCCAAUGUACGUUCCUGGUUUCGACCAUAUCGCUGACGCUGUCAUUGACGAGGUCUCCGAGGCUCUUCGCGGACGGGGGGUAAUCAUUCACGAACUAGACCACUUGGCUCAUGUGACCAUGAAAGAAAUCCUGGACGGUGUAAGCGAAGAUAUUGAAAUUCAAACCGGGGGGUGGGCCGGUCGGGAGCACAAACCCCACGCUGUGUUAAGCGGCAAGGAGCUGGUCCGUCGCGUAGCGAACGAAGUUCUCCAGGCCAUAGAAGAGGACAUGAAUAUUCAGACUGGAGGAAAAUUGGAAAGAAAACGUGAUCUGUAUUUUGACAGCAGACGGCUGGCUAAAAAUAUCGUUGAUUCAGUUAUGAGCGAUGUUGAACGUGACACAAAAGAGCCUGAGACUAGUUCGCCGUAUUUGUUCUCAGUCCCCGAAGACCUCGCGAAGUUGGCCUUGAAAAAGUUGCAAGAUGACAUCGAUCAGGCGGCGAUCGGAAUUGGUCGAAAUGUCGGUCAGGUUCAUGUUGAUGUCGAUGCGUUGUCGGAAGAAGUCGGUCAGCAACUCAAGGAGAGAAUUGAAGAAUUUUACAUUCGUGCAAAUUCGAUCGGGGAUCUACGUGCACGGGAAGUCGCGAUCGUCGACUUCGGAGAGAUCCGAAAAAGAGAGUGUGUUUUUGAGGUGAUAACAUGA